AACUUCGGGGAGCAUUUCCGGCAACUUGCUCCCCGAAUAGUGGGCGCCGCAUCGGCGUUGAGCAGGCUCCUGCCCAACCUCGGGAGGCCGGGAGCCCCAUGCAGAAGGCUAUACGCCGGGGUGACCCGGAGUAUGGCCUUAUACGGGGCUCCCAUUUGGAGUGGGGCCUUAUCAGCGGCGACGAAGUCGCUGCUGAGGAGGCCCCAGAGGGUGGUCGCCCUGCGAAUGUGCAGGGCGUACAUGACGGUGGCCUGCGCUGCCGCAUGCGUCCUCGCCGGUACUCCGCCGUGGGACCUCGAAGCAGAGGUCCUGGCGGCGGUCCGCACCUACCGGCGGGGAAUGAGGGACCGAGGCGAGCGACCCGCUCCCCAAGAGGUGGAGCGCGAGCGCCGCCUCGCGGCGCAGCGCAUGCGGGACCGGUGGAAAGAGGGCUUGGCGGAUCCCCCCUAUGGCGCUCGUACCAUAGAGGCGAUCCGCCCUGUCCUCGUAGAGUGGGUAAACCGGUCCCACGGGCCACUGUCGUUCCACCUUGUGCAGGUGCUGACCGGGCACGGCUGCUUCGGUCACUACCUGCACAAGGUGGCGAGGAGGGAACCGUCCCCGUCGUGCCACGAGUGCGGCGCUGCGGAUGACACCGCGCAGCACACCCUAGAGCUUGCUCCCCGGGUGAAGGGCGCUCGCCUCGGGCCCUGGCUUCCUCCCUUGCGCGGUGCGUUUCCGCCAGCACCCCCGCCUCCAGCUCCCACGGCAUUGUGCCGGCGAGAACGCACGCCGCCGCCCAGGCUACCGUCCCCCGACGUUCGGCAGCAGACGGCCAAGUGCCGCUGCGGCGCCCACCACCCGGGGAGCAAGCUGUUUGAAAUGCUCCCGGAAGUUCCAGUGACGGUCCAGCACAAGCCCCAGAUAUUUAAUGUGGGCCUUGACCCGAACCGCCUCCGUCUCUAUGGCUAUGUGGGCGCCAGCAGGGAGCCGCCAUCCCCCACCCAGUCCACCAAACACUGUGGCCUCCGUCUUGCUCAGCGCCACCUUGAGCCCCAACAGUUCGAUGCGGUGGACAAUCAUGUCCGCCGCCACUGA